AUGGGCGACUGGAGCUUUCUGGGGCGGCUGUUGGAGAACGCUCAGGAGCACUCGACGGUCAUCGGCAAAGUCUGGCUGACUGUCCUCUUCAUCUUCAGGAUCCUGGUGCUGGGGGCUGCGGCCGAAGAGGUCUGGGGCGAUGAGCAGUCUGACUUCACCUGCAACACCCAACAGCCCGGUUGCGAGAACGUCUGCUACGACGAGGCCUUCCCCAUCUCGCACAUCCGCUUCUGGGUGCUGCAGAUCAUCUUCGUGUCCACGCCGACCCUCAUCUACCUGGGCCAUGUGCUACACAUCGUCCGCAUGGAGGAGAAGCGGAAAGAGAAGGAGGAGGAGAUGCGCAAAGCGAACAGGUUCCAAGAGGAGAAAGAACUCCUUUAUAGAAAUGGUGGAGAUGCUGGAGGAGGAGGAGGCGGCAAGAAGGAGAAGCCGCCAAUCAGGGAUGAGCAUGGCAAAAUCCGUAUCAGAGGCGCAUUACUGCGUACCUAUGUGUUCAACAUUAUUUUCAAGACCCUGUUUGAAGUGGGAUUCAUUUUGGGCCAGUAUUUCCUCUAUGGCUUCCAGCUGAGGCCCCUGUACAAGUGUGCACGUUGGCCCUGCCCCAACACCGUUGACUGCUUCAUAUCGAGGCCCACUGAAAAGACUAUUUUUAUUAUAUUUAUGCUUGUGGUGGCUUGCGUGUCUCUUUUGCUGAAUUUGUUAGAGAUCUAUCACCUUGGAUGGAAGAAAGUUAAACAGGGCAUGACAAAUGAGUUUGCCCCCGACCACGAGUCGCUGCGCCGCGUCGACAUUGCAGAGCCCGAGUGUUUGGCCACGGCCUCCAGAACUGCCCCAUCCAGCCUCAGCUACCCUCCCAACUACACAGACGUGACAGCGGGCAGCAGGGCAUUCCUGCCGCCCCUGGGGCCGGCAGCCGUGCCCUCGGCAGCGGAGUUCAAGAUGGACGACCUCCAGCAGGAGCAGUCUCUCCGCCAGCCCUCCCCCUCUUCCCACUACUACAUCAGCAACAACAACAACCACAGGCUGGCCACGCAGCAGAACUGGGCCAACCUGGCCACCGAGCAGCAGACUCGGGAGAUGAAGGCCACCUCUCCCUCCCCAUCCUCCUCCUCCUCCUCCACCAGCACCAACAACAAGCAGCAGCAGCAGCCCGUCGACGCUGCGUUGCUCCUUCCCACCAGCAACACGACCAGUAACACCAACAUCACCAACACAACCGCCACCGCCGCCUCCAGCAGCAGCGGCAGCGGCGGCAGCCCCGGCACUGCCUCCAACGCAGAGAGCUGGGGCGGGGGGAAGAGCGAGCAGGACGAAGGCCACGUCACCACCACCACAGUGGAGAUGCACGAGCCUCCAGUAUCGGUCAGCACAGACCCUCGGCGGCUCAGUCGGGCCAGCAAGAGCAGCAGCAUCAGGGCCAGGCCAAGCGACCUGGCUGUCUAAAUCUCUUCAGCCCUUUCAUGUCCCUAAACCCUCCCUGACCGACACGCCGCUUCCCCCAACCCCACCCCCAAACACAGUGAUUCUCAGACAGAAAAAUCACAGGCAUGCAUAAAGCAAAAAAACAAAAAAACAACAAAAAAAACCAACAAAAAACAAAAGAAGGCAAGGCGACAAGAGACAGGAAAGCAGAAAACGUUUAGGCCACUGUGAAAUGACAUGAUCGGUUUCAGUGCAAUCGGUGAGUUGCAGAGUAGUCGAGGCAAGGUUUGUGUUUUUGGAUGGUCUUAAUUCAUGCACACAAAAUGUGAUCAUGCAGUGCUAUAAAGCGGGAAGGCUCCACUCACAGCGGGGGGGUGGAGCCAUGGACAUUGUGAUGUCACAAUUUUGCUACAAAAUGGACACAUCUCACCAAAGUGUUUGGUUUGGGGGAGGAUCUCAUGGUGUUUCUCCACUUUUUCUCUUCUUUUUGUUCAGCUUAAAGGACGUUCGUCAGAACAAUGACUGAAUAUUUUUUUAAUUUUAUCUGGAGGAGGCAGAGGUAGCUGGCGUUGUUUUGCAGAUCAGUUAUUUGAUGUAUAGCCAGACAAUUCACUCAUACAUCUUGUCCAUCAUUUUUAUCUGGUUUCAGAGCGCAGACGUGCGCUGCGUGUUCCACUCAUGUCAACAGCUUCUUCCAGUUGUUGUCCUUUCACCUGGAAGCUCUUUUGCUGCAGCACUUCCUGAAUUUUCUGAACAAACACCUGUCGCGUUAGAAUUCAUCAAGAAGUAAUUUUAUCAACAAACAUUUAAUGUAUUGUGUUCCUUGUAGUUGUGCAUGCCAGCGUGUGUAGCCCUACAACUCACCGAUUCACUCACAAAUCUGCAUGGCAAACUCGGCUAGCUUGGUUUUACCCAUGAUCCAUUGCAGCGCUUCCUGCAGAGACAAUGAAUACCGUAAUUGAGAUGGAAUGGAUUGGAAUGUACAGAUAUUCCCUCAGAAUAAACAGACAUAGGUGCAGUGUGGACGGGAUAUGGGUCAAAACCGCUGAUAGAAGUCAUCCCUGUGAUGCCCAGAAUGCACUUGGGUUUCCACGUAGAGAUCAAAACGUCCCCACCAUGCUGUUAGUUUACAAGAGAGGAAAAUAGGAGUCCCUUACGCCUGCCUCUGUCAGCGUCGCCUUCAGUCAACAUGUCUGAUAAGAAAAAUGCUCUCCACUAACUGCACAAAUGACAAAAUAUCGCCUUCAAAGAAUCUUGAAAAUAUUCUGCAAAUACAUGGCAG